GCUGGGUUUUAAAAAUACGGACCGUUGAAACCCCAUACUAUGAAAAGGAAGAAGUCCCACCAAAAGCCUCAGCAAUAACAAACAAACAUGUUCCAACCGCUUCAAAGCCUCACUCUCAUGCAAAAAAUGGUGAAAAUCCCACCGUCCAAAGCCCUCUCCCUCUUCAACUCCUCCACCGUCCAAGGCGUCCAACCCACCCACCAAUCCUCCUCCCUUAUCCUUCACCUUCUCAUCUCCUCGCGCAUGUUAGCACAGGCCCAAGCCCUCCUCCUGCAAUUACUCUCAGGUAACAUUCCCUCCUUAUCCUUCACCCCCUCCACUCUCCUUCACCACCUCUCCCACACCAACACAAAUCAAAAUUCCAAUUCUACCCUCCUCCUAUUAACCCUCAUCGUUGAUUCCCUGAUACAAUGCCAAUCGCCUUGCCCGGCCCUCUCCUUCUUCGAUCAGAUGAUCACCCGCGGCUUCCGUCCCAGAACAAACACCUUCAACAAUCUCAUCAAUCUACUUCUGAAAUCCAAUUCCUUCGAAAACGCUUUGCGGGUUUUCGACACGGCCAGGAAUCGGAUCGAAUUGGAUUCUUACAGCUUCGGUAUCAUGAUCAAUGGUUGUUGUCAGUUGGGUUAUUUGGAUAAGGCCUUUGAAUUGCUAUCUCAGAUUGGAGAGUGUGGUUUUACGCCGAAUGUCAUUGUAUACACUUCGCUGAUUGAUGGGUGUUGGAAGAAUGGUGAUUUCAGAGCGGCCAAACGGUUGUUUUCCGAGAUGGGGGAGUUGGGUUUGGUGGCAAAUGAAUUCACCUACACUGUGAUGAUUAAUGGGUGCUUCAGGGAAGGAUUGAGGAAGGAUGGAUUUGAGCUCUUCGAUGAGAUGAAGAUGAAAGGGGUCAUGCCUAACAUAUACACGUAUAAUUCAGUGAUCUAUGAGUAUUGUAAUGGUGGUGAUUUGAGUUCCGCCUUCAAACUGUUCGGAGAAAUGAGGGAGAAGGGUGUGGCGUGCAAUGUUGUGACUUAUAACACCGUAAUUGGCGGGUUAUGUCGGCAGAAGAGGCUUAUGGAGGCGGAGAGAUUGAUGGGUCGGAUGACGAGUGCUCAUUUGAGCCCGAAUACCAUCACGUUUAAUGUUCUUAUUGAUGGGUUUUGUAAGUUGGGGAAAUUGGCGGAGGCUUCGAGGAUGUUCGAUCGGAUGAAGGUAAGUGGUUGUUCACCAUCUUUGGUUACUUAUAAUGUUCUUAUUGAUGGAUUCUCUAGAGGUGGAGAUUUGGUGGGGGCCAGUAAUUUCUUUAGAGAAAUGAAGGAGAGGGAGAUUGCUCCGAGUAAUGUAACGUAUACGAUUCUCAUCAAUGCUUUGGUUAGAGAGAACGACAUGGAGAAGGCGUUUGAGAUGUACUCUUCCAUGGAGAAGGCUCGUUUGGUGGCAGACGUUUAUACGUAUGGUGUUCUGAUACAUGGGUUGUGUGUCAAUGGUAAUAUGAAGGAUGCAUGGAAGUUGUUCCGAUCGAUGAUUGAGAAGGGUUUGAACCCAAAUGAUGUGAUUUACAAUACGAUGAUUUUCGGGUAUUGCAGAGAAGGGAGUUCUUAUAGAGCUUUGAGGUUGGUUAAGGAAAUGGGUGAGAAUGGGAUGGUUCCUAAUGUUGCUAGCUACAGUCUAACAAUUGGGGUUCUUUGCAAGGAUGGGAAGUGGCAAGAUGCUGAGGUUUUGCUUGAUGAAAUGGUUGCGUCCGGGUUGCAUCCGUGCAAUUCGAUCUAUGGUAGAAUAUCUAAUGCCAAGGAGAAAGACACAUUGCAUUGCAGUUAAUGGUGUGAACCCAUGAAUUGAGUACACAGACGAAAUCUGCUGAAACCAGCUGCUUGGAGAGGAAUGAAUUCAAGUGAAAAAUGUUUGGUGGUAGUAGAGGCAGUGUGGCCCACUGGAAUGUUCUAUCAAUGCCUAUUGACUAUGCCUACAGCGCAUUUGUAGGUUGACCAUGGGUUACUCAAUCAGCUAGAAUUUGUGAGUGAGAAUUUUCCCAUUGUGCUGUAUUGGGGUCCAGAUUGGUCGUUGGCGGUUUCCCAAUUCCCCCAUUUGGAUGUUAACCCAAGUUGAAGAAUAUAGCUUCAAUCAUCUCAUGUUCAAUCUGUUCAAAUGCUGGAAGUUUAUUUAGUAACUAAAAUGAUGAAAUCGCUUGUAUUUCACCAGCAGAGAUGUCUGGCUUGCAACGGUUAAAUUCAAAUGGGCCUGAAUCAAGAGUAGUGAUGAUGGAUGUUGGAACCAUGCGAUGAUCUUAUAAAAUGAGUAGAGAAAUGCACUUCUCCUCCAUCAGUAGCCGAGAGCAGAAUCUUGGAAUUGUCUUCUGAUGAAUCUAGUUAAGAUUCUACAACAAAAUUACAAGAUUGUAUACGAGUGAGUAUCAAUUGGGGCUUGAAAACCUUCCUCUUGAACUUUGAAAUGAUAUGGGGUCCAGAGUCAUCUUCAUUCGAACAGACAGGCAUGCCAAGAACAAACUAACCAAUUCGAUCAUUACAUGAGCUCAAGAAGGCUACAAGAAUCCCCUGCUUAAAAGAUCAUAGUUGCCAAUCUGGGGUCUUUUUUCGUUUGUAUUCAGGCAGCUGCUGAAUUUUUUUCACGAUCUAUCUGGAGAGAUAUUCAAACUCUCAACGAGGCUGUUGGGGCAUGGUCCAUCCAUGAUGUUUGUCCCAACAAACAAUGGUGUGGAUUACUCAAGCAAGGUCCCCACUGGUACAAAAUAAAAACCAACUGACACUGGACAGCCAAAAUCAUUUAAUUCCUCUUCACAUAUAGCAAUUUUCCUUGGAUUGUCUGCUCUCCAAAGCGAAGAUUGAUCGCCAUCUUGUGCAGGAACUCAAGAGAGAACUCUCCAAAGGAGUGAGAGGUGACUGUAUUUUCUUCUACAGAUAGCGACCAUCCCCAGUUACUGCUGUAAUAUUCCAAUCACACUCCCAGUGGGUCCCACCACCGAAGCAUCAGGUAAAUUUCAAGUUUUCAACUAAGGACUUAUUUUUCCAGUGUGAUUUGAAUAUUUCAUACUAUAAAUGUAGAUUAUAGCUGCUCAAAUGUGUGCCUUUUGGGGGUCUUAAUUCUUUUCUUUGUAGUUCCAUUGGUGAGCUAAGGGCUCGUUUGGAUGCUCAGAAAACUCACUCAAAAGAAAUUGAUUUCCGAUUUCAGAUUUUGAA